AUGGUGUUCUUUACAUGCAAUGCUUGUGGCGAGUCCCUAAAGAAAGCCCAGGUGGAUAAACACGUGUCUAUGUGCCGGGGCUGCCAGGUUCUGUCUUGCAUUGACUGUGGAAAAGAUUUCUGGGGCGAUGAUUAUAAGAAUCACAUCAAAUGCAUCAGCGAAGACCAGAAAUAUGGAGGUAAAGGCUAUGAGGCAAAAUCAAACAAAGGGGAUGUGAAGCAGCAUCAGUGGAUCCAGAAAAUCCACGAAGCCAUGAACAAGCCAGGAGUCAGUGCAAAAUUAAAAGAUGUGCUCAAGCAAGUCAGUGCGUAUGACAAUGUUCCAAGAAAAAAGGCCAAAUUUGAGAACUGGAUGAAAAAUAGUCUACGUAUUACCAACUCAAGUCUCCACGAAGAUGUGUGGACAAUCCUCAAUUCAGCGUCUGACAGUCCCCCUUCUGCACCCCUGGAGAAAAAAGUUCAAGGUAUUGCCACAGAAGGAGAAAUGAAUAGCAGUCAUAAAAAGCAGAAUGGCCAUUCAAACACAAAGCAAAAGAAGCUAACUAAACAAGAAGCCCGUCAACAGGCAAAUGGGAACGUUGACAAGAAAUCAAAAAAGGCAGAAAUGGCAGUAGUCGAGGAAGAACAGUUGACCAAAAAGAAAAAGAAGGAAAGAAAGAGAUUACGGGGUUGUGAAGAAAUUGGAAGUGAGGACCAAGAUGGUGCUUCUGAGCAAAUACCCAGCAAGAAAAUAAAAAGUGACCAAACAGAAGUGGAGGUUUCAGAGCUGACUGAGGUUCUAGCAGCUUCCAAAGGUAAUUUCAAAUGGAAAGAAACUAUCAAGGCAGUAUUGAGAAAUUCACCAGACCAAGAAUUGCCAGUGAAGAAACUCAGGAAAAAGGUUCUGGCAGCCUAUUUUUCCAUUACUGGUGACGGGAACUUCAAGAAAAAGGAAGAGGUCCUCGCACUUUUCAAUAAGAAGAUCAAUAACAAUCCCAGGUUUAAAGUUUUGAAGGACAGAGUUCGUCUUGUAAAUUGA